AUGACUGAACUUCAAAAAUUAGUUAAGGAAAGAGGGACGUACAAAAGCCGGUUAACAAUUUUUGAGAAAUUUGUAAACAGUUUAGUAGCAAGUCUUGAUGAUGAAAAUAAAAUACUUAAAAAAGAACAAAUAUUUGAUUUAGAAAACAAAAUAGCUAGGGUUGAGGAAGUAAUGCAUGACUUCAAUAAAGUACAAACCGAGAUCGAAAUUAUUGAUGAAACUGCUAAUGAAUUGCAAUUACAAGAAAGGGAGUUAUUUGAAAAUAAAUAUGAUUCUCUAGUGGGUAUAAGUAAGGCUUUAAUAGAAGAUAGUAGGGAAGUAGAGGAAAGUAAAAGCUUAGAAAACAAUUCAAAUAAGUCAAGUUAUUCACGUUCCGGUUCAAAUGUUUCAAUUCGCACGGGAGUAGAUAAAAGAUAG